UUAUUAGAAAGAAACGUGUGGCAUCGCGUAAUCGGUUGCGUAAUCAAGCGUUUGUCAAGGUCGUUAAAGCGACGGCUAGGAAAACCGCGGUGAAAAAAGUAGUUCAAGAGGCAGUGGGUUUAUUUGUAUUCUACCGCGCGUCGUACGUGCUUUCGCAAGAUUUAAUCGUCCGAGGCGUGGAGGCUGCGUUUUAUUUGAAAAGCUCAUAAUCACGAACCUGCACCGGUGAAAGUACAACGCGCUAAAACGGGUGAUAAGUGGUAGCUGAAUUCUCACGAGCUACGCACGAGGAAAGACGUAUUCCCGGGAUGAAAGUGAAUUCUCGGUUGUACGGAGGCCAGACGGCUGGAAGUAUACGAAAACUUGUAGGAAACGUUCCAGCCAUUCCGCGUCGAUAUUCGGGUUGACUCGCCCUGGCAAAAACGAAAACCGAUUGCGACACCUUCUUGGAAACCUCAAGCAGAACUAGGACUACCUGUUGAAGAGUUCGCAAGCAUGAUCGACGUACCAUAAAUCAUUCACCGGUUCAGCUUGCGUAAAACAAAAAACGAAGCUCUCUUUUAUCUCAAAAUUCAAUGAGCAAAAAUGUUUCCACUUUCAAUGUCAUUUUUGCAUCACUGACUGAUUUAUUUUUCACGGGAUAAAAAAGCAACGAUGCUUUCUCUUUUAUGUGAAAAAUAAUCUAUAAUCGAGAAUGAUAUAGCACCGUGAGAGUCCCGGUGGAACGUUUAACGCGUGUUACUCAACCGAAACGUUCAAUUAGAGUGUCCAGUAUGUUGCCGUACGCGAAAUACGUUGUAUACAUCUGCCGUUGGUACUCGGGACACCGUGCAAGUUUCAGUGAAACGAAAAAAGGAUUCGGUCCCGGCGAACAGGAAUGGGGAUUCGUGAAAGUGGGCCCCAAUUCGCAUAUGUUCUGGUGGCUUUAUUAUACAACCGCGAACGUAUCUUCUUACUUUGAAAAGCCGCUGGUCAUCUGGCUGCAGGGAGGACCUGGCGCUUCCUCCACUUCCUACGGAAACUUCGAGGAAAUCGGCCCGUUGGACGCUGACUUGAAACCCAGAGACUACACGUGGGUGAAAGACUACAAUGUCCUGUUCAUCGAUAACCCCGUCGGAACGGGCUUCAGUUAUACCACUUCCCCGAGUGGAUACGCGACGACGAACAAGAAGAUCGCGGAAGAUCUUUUAGAGUGUAUCAGAAGUUUCCUGAAAGAACUGCCAGGCUUUGCUAAUGUGCCUACGUACAUCACGACCGAGUCUUAUGGAGGGAAAAUGGGAGCCGAGUUUGCUCUUGUUUGGUACAAGGCGCAACAAGAAGGGAGCAUUAAGAGUAAAUUGAAGGGUGUCGCCCUCGGGGACGCUUGGAUCUCCCCUGUUGACUCUGUAAUGACUUGGGCGCCCUUCUUACUGGAAACGGGCAUGGUAGACACCGAUGGCUUCGAGAAAAUCGACCAAUCGGCGAAGGAAACGAAAUCGUUGGUAGACGCUGGGAAGUGGAAUUUAGCCACCAGUAUGUGGAGCAGAACCGAAUCGGUGAUUCUUCGAGUCACCAAAAAUAUUGAUUUCUAUAAUAUACUGACGAAAGUGGGAUCCUAUUCCCGAGACUAUUCAGAGAAACUUGCAGCAGAACCCACGUUUUCACGUGUAUAUUCUGCCUACAGCGACGCUUCUUUGGCAUCUCUGAUGAACGGACGCGUGAAGGAAGCUCUUGGAAUACCAAAAUCUGUGCAACAUGGUGCUCAAUCUGACAUGGUAUUCAGUAAAUUGCAAGGAGACUUCAUGAAACCUGUUAUUAAUAUAGUGGAGAGUUUGUUGAACGAAACGGGCCUGAAAGUCGCGGUAAUCAGCGGUCAUAUGGACCUCAUCGUGGACACGCCAGGCACUCUUCGUUGGGUUGAGAAGAUGAAGUGGAAGGACGCCGUUUCCUGGCACAAAAAGGACAGGAUUCCAUUACUGGCGAACAGUAUUAUCGAAGGCUACGCGAAGUCCUACGGGAACUUCUCAAUGUAUUGGGUCAACAGAGCUGGACACAUGGUACCAAAGGACAAUCCGGCCGCGAUGGCACAGAUAUUGAAAGAAAUUACUAAGUAACAAAUUCGAAAAUGUAUUCUUGACUACAUUCUAAGCAUCUUAAACAGGUUGGUUUAGGUGAAUGAGGGAAGCGCUUUUACUGCACCGCAAAGUGUAUUGUCAUUCGGUUUGAGAAGUGUUCGAGAUCGGUUU